AUGAAACCGCAGGCCGCCGUGGUGCCGCGCUCGCGUUACCUCGUGUGCGAAGGCCGCGAGAUCCACUUCAUGGACUGGCAGCCCGACAUCGCAGCUGGCCCCGUGGUGAUCGCAUGGCACGGUCUGGCCCGCACCGGGCGCGACAUGGACCCGCUGGCCGCGCACCUGAGCGCACAAGGCUGGCGCGUCAUCUGCCCCGACACCAUCGGCCGCGGACUCAGCCAGUGGAGCCCGAAGCCCGAGACCGAGUACUGCCUCGACUUCUACAGCCGCAUCGCCACCGCCCUGGUGGACCAGCUCGAGCUGCGGCGCUUCCACUGGGUCGGCACCUCCAUGGUGGGUGCCAUCGGCAUGGUGUGCGCCGCCGGCGCGCUGCAGGGCCGCAUCGAAUGGCUCGUGCUCAACGACAUCGGCCCCAAGACGGCGGACGCGGCGAUCGCCCGCAUCCGCAGCUACGCCGGCAACCCGGCCGCCUUCGACACGGUGGGUGAGUUGCAGCAGUACUUCCGCACCAUCUACAAGCCCUAUGGUUACCUGAGCGAUGCGCAGUGGACGCUGCUCACCGAGAGCUCCACCCGCCGCCUGCCCGACGGACGCGUGACGCCGCACUACGACCCGGCCAUGGUGCAGCAGUUCAUUCACCACCCCACCGACUACGAGCUGUGGCCGGUCUUUGAACGCAUCGACGUGCCGGUGCUGUGCCUGCGCGGCGCCGACUCGGAUUUGCUGCUGGCCGACACGGCAGAGGCCAUGCGCGACCGCGGGCCGCGCGCGCUG